AUGACUAAUUUAUCGGAUGAACAUUAUCUUCUUCAAUUAAAAUCAUUACCUAUUAAUGAUUUACAAUUAUUAUUAACAUUUUCGGGGCAAUCACGAACAGGUAAACGACAUGAAUUACUUGAAAGAUGUUAUGUAUUAAUUAAAUCUUCGAAAUUAAUACGGGAUAAACUUGAUGAAUUAUAUAAUAAACGUUUUGGUCAAGGUGAUUUACCAACAAUACCAUAUCCACAAGAUUUAAAAAAUACAGCAAAAGCAACACAUCAUCAUCUACAUAUACAUCAACAACCAGCAAAUAUUGAUAUACAUUUUUUACCACUUACAUUUAAUGAAGAAUUAUGUGUUAUAUCACCACCAUAUCCAGUUCCGCCUGUUAAACAUACAACAAAUGAAUCACAAAAUUUACUUAAUUUUUAUUUUUUAUUAUCUGCACAACAGGCAUCAGAUGUUGCAACAUCGACUUAUUUUAAUAGUGAUCAAUCAAAACUUGAAUUUCGAAAACAAAUUUUAUUAAGAUUUACAACUAUUGGUGAUGUAACAAAUAAUGGAAAAUAUGCACUUGAUAAAUUACCACCAAAUCUUUAUGUUUUCGUCAAUAAUAAAGUUGUUCCAUUACCUCAGCCAAAACCAACAGCUAAACCAAAUGCUGAUGUUGUUCGACCAGGUCGACCAAUAGAUAUAACAGAAUAUUGUCGUUUAUGUCCAUUAAUAUCUAAUCUAGUCGAAAUAUCUUGGUUUACACAGGAUAGUGCAAGUCCAUUGCCACCUUAUGUUGCUGCUGUUUACUUAACUGAACGUAAAACAGUUCAACAAUUAUUAGCACGAAUUUCACGUCCUGUAGCAAUUCGACCAUCUAUUGAAACACAACGUACUAUAGUUCAAACAUUAUCAGUACAACAAACUUCACACGGAAUUGAUGAUGAUGAUCUUGAAGUAGCAUCAACGACACUUCGAUUACCACUUGAAUGUCCAGCAACGCGUAUACGAAUGAGACUGCCUGGACGAGCAACAACAUGUAAACAUGUUCAUUGUUUUGAUUUAGAGGGUUAUUUACGUAUGAAUGAAAAAAAACCAACUUGGCUUUGUCCUGUAUGUAAUAAAUCAGCACUAUAUACAGAUUUAUUUAUUGAUCAAUUUUUUAUUGAUAUUAUUAGUAAAUGUCCAUUGAAUGUAAAAGCUAUUGAAUAUGAAAUAAAUGGACAAUGGAAACCUAUUGAAGAAGAAAAACUUUCACGAAAAGCACAACGUGAAAAAGAAAUAUAUAAAUCUGAAAAUAUAAAUAAUGGAAAGUCUUCCAUUGAUAUGGAUCAAUCAAUUGAUAAUGAUUUAGAUGAUGAACAAAUAUGUACGAAAUCAACUGAACAAGAAGUUUCAGCACCGAUUCAAAAUAACAUCCCUAUUAUAGAAUUAGAUGAUGAUUAA